AUGCGUUUCGCUACCUCUGCUCUGGCUCUCAUUGCCUCCGCAGCUGCCGCCAGCGCCGCCAGCGUCACCUUCUGGACCCUCGAUGACCUCGUCCGCACCAUCUACUUCACCCCUAACCCUGGUUUCCCCGAGGUCGCCCCUGUCACCUGCAACAACAAGCAGAAGACUGUUGUCAACUUCCCUGACCAAUGGAUCGGUAACUAUUACGCUGUCCAGAAGGGCCAGAAAAAUGUUCCUGGUAUGCUUGGUGAGGUCAACUUUGGCGCUUGGGGCGGCAUGACCUACUUCGAUGUCUCCGCCAUCGUCGACCCCAAAGACCAGAACAAUGUCAAGCAGAUGUAUCCCGCUAGCGGCAAGUCUCCCAUGUCUGGCUGCCCGGUAUUCCCUUGCAACAACGCCUACUACCUCCCCGACGAUGUCCAGACCAAGGUUACCCACGAGUCGGACCUCGUCACCACUCUCGGCGAAGGAUUCACCGGCAUCAACUUCUCGUAG